AUGUUGAUGAUUGUCUUCUCUCCGGGGAAGAAGGUAUUCUCGUUUGGUCACCCGAGCGUCGAGGAAUUGGCUGCUCGAUUUAUGGGAACUCAUGGUCCAUCCUCCUCCUCGAUGGGACUUUCUCACGAGACUCAACAGCUCGUGGAGGCUCAUAGGCAGACUAACAUUCGGGACCUGAAUGCUCGACUAAUGGAGGCUCAGGAACAGUUGGAGACAGAGAAAAAGCGUGGGGAGGCAAUUAUCCAAGCCUUGCGUGCUGGAAGGGAGCAAAGAUGGUGGGAACGUUCCAUUGAGAAGAUGAGCUAUCCUCUACUCUAG